CAGCAAAAAGUACAAAACAGUUUUUGGUUACAAGCCUGAGCUGGGUAGGAUCGUGGCUGGAGAACUGAAGCAAAAUCAAUUCAGCAUCUAAUGGAUUAGAAUUAAUAAUGGCAAAAGGUUGCACUAUUGCCAGACAAAAUAAUGGAAAUUGACUUAAUGGACUUUUUUUUUUUUCCUUUCCACCUCGUCGUUUCUUUUUUUGAGCCUUCACAAGGUUGGAGGGUACUGAGCAGUUACAGGCUGACUGGAAGGAGCAAGUGGCUUUAGCAUCAUGGCUGCUACCUCCUAGAAAUGUGGGAAUCUCACUUACUUUGGCCUUUGUCUGGUUUCUUGGGAGGGGGAAUGAAUGCUACUGCCACCAAUUCCAAUGGCUUCCACUAAGCCCUGCAUGUGUAAGGAGAGACCUAGGGUCUUCUUGGUUCUUCCUCCCUGAUGUCCGUCCUUUACCUCUUCAUUUCUUUUCCUUUUUUUCCUCUGAUUCACCAGAAAUUGUCUGCCGUCUCUCAGCAAUCUUCAUCUUUUGGAGCACUGGCACCAGAACGAGUGUGGUGCUCUGAGCAGCUCAGGUUGGCCAUGUUGUGUGGUAGCAGGUGGAAGAAUAUUCUGUGCAGGUGAGCCAUGUCUUUCCAUUCCGGGCGAGGAUGUCCCCGUGGUCAGGGGGGACCAGGAGCAAGAACUUCAACACAGACCUACCGUCCUCAGAACCUACGGCAGCUUCACCCACAGCAGCCCUCUGUACAAUACCAGUAUGACCAGCAAACUGCCCCUCCAACAACCUAUUCAAACCCUCCAACCACCGGUUACAUGCCCCCCAGGCCAGACUUUGUGCCAUAUCCUCCUCCAGUCCCGCCUUCCACGCAAAAUCCCAUCAGCCAGUGUCCCAUGAGGCCACCAUUUCCAAACCACCAGCUGAGGCAGAGCUUCCCGGUCCCUCCGUGCUUCCCUCCCGCUCCUCCGCCCGUGCCAAAUCCCAGCAACGCUCCCGUGCCAGGAACUCCUGCUGGGCAAAGCACCUUCCCUUACAUGAUGCCUCCUCCCACAGUACCGCAUCCUCCCCCCCCACCAGUCAUACCACAGCAAGUCAACUACCAGCCCGUGUAUUCUGCAGGGUACUCACAGCAGUCCUUCCCACCACCCAACUUCAAUAGCUAUCAGCACAACUCUGGCUCCUUUCAGAGCAGCACUACCAACAGCGGCGGCGGCAGCCAUUUUCGGCACACGGGUCAGUACCAAGGGGAGAAGUCACAAAGCGAUCGACGGUCUCCAGAGAGGAGCAAGCACUACGACGAGCACCGACAUCGUGAACACGGUCACAUCCACGGUGACAGACAUCGAUCCACUAACCACGGGGAUCGUCGGGAUCGAGGCCGGAGUCCGGAUAGGAGGAGGCAGGAAAGCAGUCGGCACCGGACAGAUUAUGACAGAGGAAGGCUAUCGCCUCAUCACAGAAGUUAUGAGCGUAGCAGGGAGCGGGAAAGGGAGAGGCAUAGGCACCGUGACAGCAGAAGAUCACCAUCACCAGAAAGAUCCUACAAAAAAGAUUACAAGAGGGCAGGAAGCCGGUCUCCAAGCAGAGAGAAGAAGAGACCCCGAUGGGAGGAGGACAGAGAAAGGUGGUCUGAGAACCAGAGUUCCAGCAAAGAGAAAAACUAUACUGCUAUCAAAGACAAAGAAUCAGAGGAGAAUGCAUCUGAAAAAAAUGAAGAGGAAGAUGAGGAAUUACUUAAGCCAGUCUGGGUUCGCUGUACCCAUUCUGAAAGCUAUUAUUCCAAUGACCCUAUGGAUCAAGUGGGGGACUCUACUGUGGUAGGAACAAGCAAGCUCCGAGAUCUGUAUGAAAAGUUUGAUGAGGAGUUAGGAAAGCGACAGGCAAAGGCCAAAGCAGCCAGGCCACCAUGGGAGCCACCAAAGACCAAACUGGAUGAAGAUUUAGAGAGCUCCAGUGACUCGGACUGUGACUCUGAAGAUGACAGCAGCUGCUCUAGCAGCUCAGAUUCAGAAGUUUUUGACGUCAUUGCAGAAAUAAAGCGUAAAAAAGCACACCCUGAUCGUCUCCAUGAAGAACUGUGGUACAAUGAUCCCGGACAGAUGAAUGAUGGACCUUUGUGCAAGUGCAGUGCUAAAGCACGACGAACAGGAAUAAGACAUGGCAUUUAUCCUGGUGAAGAGCCCAUUAAACCGUGUCGCCCCAUGACCAACAAUGCUGGAAGACUCUACCACUAUCGAAUUACUGUGUCGCCUCCCACAAACUUCUUAACAGACAGACCUACUGUUAUUGAGUAUGAUGACCAUGAAUAUAUCUUUGAAGGGUUCUCAAUGUUUGCGCACGCCCCACUAACAAACAUUCCUCUAUGUAAAGUAAUCAGAUUCAACAUUGACUAUACAAUUCAUUUUAUUGAGGAGAUGAUGCCUGAGAAUUUUUGUGUGAGAGGUCUUGAGCUGUUCUCUUCAUAUCUAUUCAAAGAUAUUUUGGAGCUCUAUGACUGGAAUCUUAAAGGUCCUUCACCUGAAGAUGACUCUGUUUCCUGCCCCAGAUUUCACUUCAUGCCGCGGUUUGUGAGAUUUCUUCCAGAUGGAGGAAAAGAAGUACUCUCAAUGCAUCAGAUUCUUCUGUACUUGUUACGAUGCAAUAAAGCUCUGGUGCCUGAAGAGGAGAUUGCCAACAUGCUUCAGUGGGAAGAACUGGAAUGGCAGAAAUAUGCAGAAGAAUGCAAAGGGAUGAUUGUUACCAGCCCUGGCAUGAAACCCAGCUCGGUUCGUAUUGAUCAACUGGACCGCGAACAGUUCAAUCCUGAUGUAAUUACUUUCCCUAUUAUUGUCCACUUUGGGAUACGACCCGCUCAACUCAGUUAUGCUGGAGAUCCUCAGUACCAAAAGCUGUGGAAGAGUUAUGUGAAGCUGCGUCACCUGCUGGCUAAUAGUCCCAAAGUCAAACAGGCUGAUAAACAGAAAUUAUCACAAAGAGAGGAAGCACUGCAGAAAAUUCGUCAGAAGAACACAAUGAGACGUGAAGUGACUGUCGAGUUGAGUAGCCAGGGAUUCUGGAAAACAGGGAUACGCUCUGAUGUCUGCCAGCAUGCAAUGAUGCUUCCUGUCCUGACCCACCACGUCCGCUACCAUCAGUGUCUGAUGCAUUUGGACAAAUUGAUAGGCUACACUUUCCGAGACAGGUGCUUGCUGCAGCUUGCCAUGACUCAUCCAAGCCAUCACUUAAACUUUGGAAUGAAUCCGGAUCAUGCCAGAAAUUCCUUAUCCAACUGUGGGAUUCGACAGCCAAAGUAUGGAGACAGAAAAGUUCACCAUAUGCACAUGAGAAAAAAAGGGAUAAACACCCUGAUAAAUAUUAUGUCACGUUUGGGACAGGAUGAUCCAGCUCCUUCAAGGAUUAACCACAAUGAACGUUUAGAAUUUCUGGGAGAUGCAGUGGUGGAGUUCUUAACGAGUGUCCACUUGUACUACCUGUUUCCCACCCUGGAGGAAGGAGGACUGGCUACGUACCGCACUGCCAUCGUACAGAACCAACACCUGGCCAUGUUGGCUAAGAAGCUGGAACUAGAUCGAUUCAUGCUUUAUGCUCAUGGUCCAGACCUUUGCAGGGAAUCAGAUCUCCGCCACGCCAUGGCCAACUGCUUUGAAGCCCUGAUAGGAGCCGUUUAUCUGGAGGGGAGCCUAGAGGAAGCAAAACAACUAUUUGGACGUUUACUCUUCAAUGACAAGGACCUGCGGGAUGUAUGGCUUAAUUAUCCACUACACCCACUCCAACUGCAGGAAUCCAAUACUGACAGGCAACUCAUUGAGACCUCUCCAGUUCUUCAAAAGCUUACAGAGUUUGAGGAGGCAAUUGGAGUCAUCUUUACUCAUGUCCGGCUUCUAGCACGUGCGUUCACGCUGAGGACAGUAGGCUUUAACCAUCUGACUCUAGGCCACAACCAGAGGAUGGAAUUCCUGGGUGACUCCAUAAUGCAGUUGGUAGCCACAGAGUAUUUAUUCAUACAUUUCCCCGAUCAUCACGAAGGGCACUUAACGCUGUUAAGAAGUUCUUUGGUGAACAACAGGACACAGGCCAAAGUGGCAGAAGAGCUGGGUAUGCAAGAAUUUGCCAUCACUAAUGACAAGACAAAAAGACCUGUAGCUCUUCGAACGAAGACUUUGGCUGAUCUCUUGGAAUCCUUUAUUGCUGCCCUGUACAUUGAUAAAGAUUUGGAAUAUGUUCACACUUUCAUGAAUGUAUGUUUUUUUCCACGUCUAAAGGAGUUUAUUUUAAAUCAAGAUUGGAAUGAUCCUAAAUCUCAGCUUCAACAGUGCUGCUUGACUCUCAGGACGGAAGGAAAAGAGCCAGACAUUCCUCUUUACAAGACUUUGCAGACAGUGGGACCAUCUCAUGCCAGGACAUACACAGUAGCUGUUUACUUCAAAGGGGAAAGAAUAGGAUGCGGUAAAGGCCCAAGUAUUCAGCAAGCAGAAAUGGGAGCUGCAAUGGAUGCACUUGAAAAAUAUAACUUUCCCCAGAUGGCCCAUCAGAAACGGUUCAUUGAACGGAAGUACAGACAAGAGUUGAAAGAAAUGAGGUGGGAAAGAGAGCACCAAGAGAGAGAGCCAGAUGAGACUGAAGAAGCAAGGAAAUAAAAGGAGGGCAGAGAAGCGGUGGCAUAUUUACUUACUUAAUAACUCUGACUGUGGCCUAUGGAGACCUAACCUAGUUUCUUGCAGAUGAUGAAUGAAGAGUGCCUGUUGAUAUCAAAUAGAAAAUCAUAAUCUCUUCUUUAAAAAGUGUCUGUAUAUAUAGUAUUUCGUUUGGUUUUAAGUGUGAAGUUUGUUUGGCUUUUUAAUAAGAUUUGUUUUUAAAUUCUUUUAAUUUUUAUGAAAAGUUGUGGGAUUAUUUUUAUUAUUUUUACUGUCUUGUAUGAAGUAAUAAAGUAUGAAUUUCAAAAGCCUGUAGGAGGAAAAGCUGUUUAACAGUUGUCUUCUGUAUCCAAAUGCUGUUUUGUCAGUGACCAGCAAAGUUACUGCAUGAACUUCACUGUGGAGGAGGAAAGUAUUAUGAGAAACUAAUUCAGCAGAGCACUUAAGCAUGUACCUACCUUAAGUUUUGCAGUAAAAUGUUCCUCUUGAUUCUGCUAAACCAGAGCCAUAAACUUCAGGUCCUUUUACAGAAGCUAGUACAGUAAUUUAAGCAAGGAGGUAUUCAGUUUUAUUUUAAACAGUGGAUUCCACAUCUAGAAUGUGACACAAGUGUGUGUGGAAGGUCGGGGGGGGAGAUUUGUCUUUAAAUCAGUAUUAUAAAUCUAAAAAAACAAAAGGUAAUUAUGAAGCAAAAGAAUUGCAACUUUUUUUUUCAUAGAGAAUGUACUGAGUUUACAUUUACAGGUUUAGUUUCAUUCUCAACUUCUUUGUCUAUCAAACUGAUGUCUAAUUUAAUGUAUUUCUUUGUCCAGAAGAUACCAGUGUUACCACAAUACUCAAGUGGUGUGUUAGAAAUUCCACACAGGUGCUAUUCCAGAUAGGUUCAUUGGAAACUGCUUGUAUUGGAAGGAGGGCAGAAUUUGUCCCCCAAGGUGUAGUUCAAAGGUGGCAUACAGUUUUAAGUCUCCCAGUUUCCUUCAUUUUUGGUGUCUAUGGCUUUUAUUAGAUAGAUGUUUCUUCUAUAAAAGCUCUGAAUGGUACCAGAAGUGGAACAUCCACUGUGCCUGCAUUUUCUUCCUGCUUCAGAUCCUUUUUGAUGAGUUACUUAUGCAUCUUUUCUGGUGUAAGUAACACAGAGGUACACGGUGAGAUACCAAGCAGCUUCAUGCGCGGGGGUGCACGUGUCUGGGCCAAGGAAUUCCUACAGGCUCCUGAAAGAAAACCUUUUGCCCGUUGGCGACACUGCAGCGAGCAGCGAGUGCAGUGGUUGUGUGGAGCACCUUUCUGCAGGUGUCCAUGGAAGCACUCUAUUGCAGGUGCCAAAGUAGACACAGGUGUAACUGAAAAGUUCCGACCACCCAAAUAUCUUCCCAAAGCUUCACUUCUGAGCUUAUUAAUAUGUGUAUUUUCAUAAGCACGCUUUUGUACACAUGCAGUGUGAGAUGCUUUUAAAUGUGGUGGAUUUUUUUUUGUUGGUUUUUUUUUUUUUUAAACUUGACCCCACAGACUACCUCACUUCUUCCAGCUUCUAUGAUUGCCUUUCUUAAUGGAUUGAUGUUUUAAAUCCAUUUCAGGGGAUGAGAGAGAAAAAAAAAAAGCCAAACACAUUCUGUAAUUUAGAGACUGAUAAUAAACUGUUGAAACACAGAGGGGGGGGGAUAAAAACAACAAGCUAAAGGCAAAGAGCUGCUCUCUGGUGGAUGCUGCUGUUCUUUGAUUUCUGAGAAGUGAUUGUAACCCUUUAUGGCUUCAGUCUGUAAAUAAAAAGCUGAAAUGCCUCUGAACAGCAGCAGGCUUGAAAAGCAAGAAACAGCAACUCCCCUGCCCUCAAGUCUUUUGUAUUUCAAUUUCUUUUGUAGAACUGCCCGUCUGCUUCUAGCAGUACGUUGAAGUGGUGCAUUGGUAGAGGGUUAAGGGUAAUUGUGUACACAAUUAUUUUAUUUUUUCCAUAGUCACUGCAACCUGGUUGAUGUGUUUAAAAGUAGAAAGUGCAGUGACUUCAUUUUCAGGUGUAUGGUUGCUUUGCAAAUGUGUCUCAUCGUAUGUGAUACCAGCAGUGUACCCCAGGGGAACUGUUAGCUCAUAGUUUAAUGUUACUUUCAUUCUUUUUAUACAUCAUUUCAUUUUUCAGCUCUAAGAAGACAGUGAGCUUAUUCAUAAACAUUUGCACAAAAAUAGAUUGAAUUUAUCAGAUAUGCUGUUCGGGGGGAGGAACCCAGAACUGUUCUCUUUUCUUCUUUGACCCAGAAAUUGCUUGAAAACAAACUUUUAAAACGAUUUCUGCAUUCCAUUACUGCAGUUAACGAAUUUUAGAUCUUUCUCAAUAAAAUGUAGAUGAUAACCAUUUUUUCAUGAGUGGGCUAUUUCCCCUUUUUUUCACUGUAUAAGCGUGGGCUAGGAAGAUUGUCUGAAGAAAUUUUGUUUUCCUUGUCUCAAGGACAGGAAACAACAGGUAAAGAAAUUCAUAUUUCCUUUAUCUAUGUCAGAAAGAUGGUAUCUUUUUAUGUAAAAAGACAGCAGCUGUGAAUGUUUCUGAUAAUUUAAGGAGAUGCAUAGAAUGUAUAAUGUGAGCCCAGUCCUUUAUAACACGCACAGAGGAGUGAAAGUUGUUUCUUUAAGUUGCCUUAAAGUUGGGAAAAAUGAUUACUGAGUUCAUGUUAAUCGGUGGAACAGCUGUAAUCUACAACUGGACAACUUUGGCUGCUCUUUUUGAAAUGUGAAGGUGUCUAUGACUUAUUGAUAAAAUAAGGUCCUUUUUUGGUUGCUCCAGAGCCUGAUAUGUUCUGAUCCAGAGGUUCUCAUGCAAGAUCUGUUGACGCGAUUCGGGUGCGAGUAAUGAAUGAAGAACAAGGCUGAGAUCUGUGUGGAUCCAGCAGAUCUUGUGAAAGCUUUUUUUUCUUCUUUUUUUUUUUUCUUUAAUGUGUAUAUGUACGGAGCAUUGAAUAGAAUUGUAGCUCAUUUGGAUAGGAGUUUUAAUUGAAUUUACAUAAAAUUCAUCAUUGUUGUUUGCAGAGCAUAAGUUUGCUUUGUAAGAUUUCAGUUUCUGUAAGAUUAUUUUACAGCGAUACUGAGAGAACCUUGGUCUCUAAGACUGUUGUAAACAUUGUUGCUAAUAAAAUUUUCCAGAAAAGA